GACGGACCUUCGCCGACAGCUCGCACUUUUACAGCCGCAGUCGGAUCACGGGCGCAUGGCCAUGGCCUCCAUCGUCUGCCGGGUCCAGUACUUGGAGGACUCGGAUCCGUUUAUCUGCACAAACUUCCCCGAACCUCGGAGACCUCCGACGGUGAACCUGGAAGAGAACCUGCCGCUCAGCGAGCAGAUCGCCGGGAUCCACAAGCUGCUGGAGCCGCCGCUGAAGCUGGAAGACUGCACCCUCCAGCUGUCUCCCAGUGGAAACUAUCUGGACCUGGACUCUUCUCUGGCUGAGCAGCGAGACGAGCUGGAGAGCUUCUACGAAGAUGUGGCGAAAGGAAGGAAGCCCAUCCUGAUUCUGAGGACUCAGCUCUCUGUUCGUGUUCACUCCAUCCUGGAGAAACUUUACAACUCCCAGGGUCCAGAACUCCGGCGGUCCCUCUUCUCUCUCAAACAGCUCUUCCAGGAUGAUAAAGACCUGGUUCCAGAGUUCGUGGCCUCUGACGGGCUGACGUGUUUCAUUAAAGUCGGGGCGGAGGCCGACCACAACUACCAGAACUACAUCCUGAGAGCUCUCAGUCAGAUCAUGCUGUUUGUGGACGGCAUGAACGGAGUGAUCAACCACAACGAGACGGUGCAGUGGCUGUACACGCUGACGGGAAGUUCGUCUCGCCUGGUGGUGAAAACUGCCCUGAAGCUGCUCAUCGUCUUCGUGGAGUACUCGGAGUCCAACAGUCCUCUGCUCAUCAGAGCCGUCAACACCGUGGCUGGACAGAGAGCUGCGAAGCCAUGGAGUUAUAUGAUGGAGGUCCUGGAGGAGAGGAACGGCGCCGACACGGAGCUGCUCGUGUUUGCCAUGACACUCAUCAACAAGACUCUGGUGGCGCUCCCGGACCAGGACUCGUUCUACGAUGUGACGGACAAGCUGGAGCUGCUGGGGAUGGAGGCCGUCAUCCGCAAACACAUGAACAACAAGGGGACGGAGCCAGACCUGCGGACGCAGUUCACCAUAUACGAGAAUACUCUGAAGUACGAAGACGGUGAGGUGGAUGACUCCUCCCCCCUCCUACGUAAAGAGAGACGAAAGUUGGCGACCGGCGAGCAGGACGGAUCGAGGGGCCGCCGCCACUUGUCCAGUCAGAAUCUUCUCAACGCCCGCACCUCGCCCACGUCCUCAUCUCCCUCCACCGCCCCAACCACUCCUACCCUCUUCUUGUCAUCUUCUGUCAACUCCUCAGUGUCACCAGCCACCUCCCCCGCUGCGUCUCCCACAGUCUCCCCCGCUGCGUCUCCCACCGUCUCCCCGGUCAUCUCCUCCCCGAGCCCCACGGCAGGUCUCGGCAGCAGGGCCUCGUCCCCGCUGGCCUCCGAGCACAGCAGCUCCUCCUCCAGUCCGUCCGGAUCCCGGACAGAAUCUCCGCUGCCGCCCCACAUGUCCCCCAACGGCACCGUGGACACGGAGCAGGGAACAAAAACGCCGCCAAGCCCGAGUCGCUCUUUCCUCAGCCACCACAUGUCGUCUCUGGGUCUAAGCAGGAAGUCCAGGUUCUUCUCCAAAACCAGCUCCAUCUCUGAGGAGCAUCGGGCCGACUGCAGUCCAUCCUCGCCAGAUCUCUCUCUGCGCGAGAAUUCCCAGUCGAAUCUGCAGCAGCUCGACAACAAGACGGAGCCCAAAACUAAAGCGAACUCUGGGGAGGAUGAGGAGCUCCUCUGCCCAGUUGACUGUAAUGUAAAUCAGGACAAGCCGGUGCUGAGGAAGUUUGAAGACGCCUUCCUGCGCAUCCUGGCUGCCCAACAGUGGCAGAGGAAGCGAAAAACUAAAGACUUGAGCGAGAUUAAGUUGCCCUCACUUGAUGAUGCCGUAACGUCAACUUUGGAGGGGACAGCGGACGAGGGCGCAGCCGAAGUGCCGUCACGUCACGACUCAACAUCAAGCAGUUUGGAAACAAACGGACAUUCAGACUCCCAGGAUGACCCAGCACCGCUUGUGCAGCGACAGGGCAGCACGUUAUCCAACGACACAAAGUUCAUGCUCGACAUGCUCUACUCAAAGACGGGACCCAUGAGCCCCUCUGCAGCUGCAGACACCAAUGAAGAAGAGAGGAGCUUCGUGCCUGGUGACGAUGUGGCUGCUCGGGGUCGUGUGACUGAGCGUCUGUCCAGCUUCAAAGCGCGCUCGGCAGAGUCCUCCACCUCCAACGAGAGCAGCGCCUCCCGCAGGGCAGAGCUGGAGAGUCUGGAAGGCUCAACGCAGGCGGCACGAGCCCGACUGGCUGAAGAACAGAAGCGUUACAUCCGGCACCAGAGCAGCAUCGACACCGAGGCGCACGCCGCCAGUCUGGACACCACCCAGAUGACCCCGCUAGGCCCCGGCAGCUCCAACGACGCCUGGGACCAGCUGCAGCCGAGCGCCGCCGCCCUACGCAUCAAGGACCUGGACUUUUCUGACCUGCUGGACGAGGAGGACAUCGACGUCCUGGACAUAGACACCUUCGACAGCUCCGCUUCAUCCUUCACCCUCUCUGGAAUCCCUCCCCCUCCUCCUCCCCCUCCUGGCAUGCCGGGGGCUCCUCCCCCUCCUCCUCCACCUCCUCUACCGGGAGGUCUUGCACCCCCUCCUCCUCCACCUCCUCCACCAGGAGGCCUCGCACCCCCUCCUCCUCCACCUCCACCAGGUGUCCCCCCUCCUCCUCUUCUUGAGGCCUCUCAGAAGAAGAAGAAGAAGACGGUGAAGCUGUUCUGGAAGGAGCUGAAGCAGGCAGACGGACCGAAGAAGUGUCGCUUCGGUCGGGGGACGGUGUGGGCGUCUCUGGAUAAGGUGGCGGUGGACACCGCCCGCCUCGAGCAUCUGUUUGAGUCCAAAGGCAAGGAGCUCCCUGUAACCAAGAAAGGACCGGAGACCAAGAAGACUGAGAUUCUGGUUCUGGACUCAAAGAGGAGUAACGCCAUCAACAUCGGUAUGACCGUCCUGCCAGCGAUCCACGUCAUCAAGUCGGCCAUUCUCAGCUUCGACGAGUUCGCCAUUAGCAAAGAGGGCAUCGAGAAGAUCCUGACCAUGACCCCCACAGAGGAGGAGAAGCAGAAGAUCCAGGAGGCUCAGCUCGCCAAUCCCGACCUCCCUCUGGGCACAGCAGAGCAGUUCCUGCUCACCCUGGCCUCCAUCAAUGGCCUGACCCCCCGCCUUCAGCUCUGGGCCUUCAAACUGAACUACGAGGCUCUGGAGAAGGAGAUAGCCGAACCGCUGUUUGACCUGAAGCUCGGCAUGGAGCAGCUCGCCUCCAAUCAGACCUUCAGGAGAAUCCUGGCGACGCUGCUCGCCAUCGGAAACUUCCUCAACAGCUCCAACGCUAAAGGCUUUGAGCUGAGUUACCUGGAGAAAGUGGUGGAGGUGAAGGACACGGUUCACCGUCAGUCUCUGCUUCAUCACACCUGUAACCUGGUGGUGGAAAAUUACCCAGAAUCCUCUGACGUCUACUCUGAGAUCCCCGCCAUCACCCGCUCGGCCAAAGUGGACUUUGAGCUGCUAUCGGAGAACCUGGUCCAGCUUGAGAGACGCUGCAAAGCAUCAUGGGACAACCUGAAGGUGGUGGCCAAACAUGAAACCAAAGCGGCGCUGAAGAACAAACUAACGGACUUCCUGAAGGACUGCACGCAGAGGAUCAUCAUCCUGAAGGUCGUCCACAGGAGAGUCAUCAACAGGUUCCACUCCUUCCUGCUGUUCCUGGGUCAGCCGUCGUCUUCGGUCAGAGACGUCAAGGUGACAAAUUUCUGUCGGAUCAUCAGCGAGUUCGCUCUGGAAUAUCGCACCACCAGAGAGCGAGUGCUCACCAUCAAACGGAAACGCGCAGUUCACCGAGAGCGCACCAAGACGCGAGGAAAGAUGAUCACCGAGACGGAGAAGUUUUCAGGGGCGGUGUCACGUCCGGACAGCCCGUCCCCCGUUUCUAUGGCAGCGGAGGCAGACCAAGAUCAGGAGGAGGAGCAUGAGAACAUGAAGAACCUGCUGAUCAGUCGCAGCAGCACCCUGAACUGUGAUCAGAGAGGCCUGAGGCGCUCCCGAGCCGUCCGCAGUCUCGGCCGGGUGGAGCCGCCCAAGAUGUCUUUAGCCAAAGAAGACGAGACGAGCUCCCAGGACGACGCCACAGAUGAGAUCAUGGACCGACUCGUCAAGUCUGUUACCCAGAAUCCCUCCGGCAGAUCGUCCAGCCCCAAGAACCGCAAGCGGUCCCGACUGAAUAGGAAGUCCCUGAGGAGGACUCUGAAGAGCGGCCUCAGUGUGGACGUGGUUCAGGCUCUGGGACUCAACAACAAGACGGCAGGAGACAGAGUCUGAGCUGCGACUGCAGCUGAUCGAUAAAUCGGCGAACUAUUGAUUACAGAGACUGAACCCAGACCAGCUGAGCGGCUCCAGCAGACGUCGGGAGACGUGCGCUCUGCAUUUGGAGACUCCUCCACCGGCACAUCUGCCGCAGCUGUUCGGACACUUUGCUGUAGAAAUAGUUGUGAGAAGAAUUUUUCCCGCGUGACAGAUUUUUACUGGUUUCCUGCAGCUUUGAAACAUUUAGAUGCUCACGAGUAAAUCUGGACGCAGAGCUGCGGUCUUACUGAGAAAUGAGUUUAAGGUGUCGUUGUCAGGUGUCCGUCCAGAACUGAAAGUGUGAGAGUCGGAUAAAUGAAAUGCGAGCAGAAGCACAGCAAAGCCUUCGACCUCUCGAACUGCUCCCAUGUUUGUUUUAACUUGAAUCGCCGCUGGCUCUGAAGUGUCACUGUCUGUGUGUCUCUUCCUGUCUGACUCUCGGCUCGAGCUCAUCGAGAUCUCAAAACAGUUUCUGGGUUUUGAACACGUGGCACGCUCGGGCACGCCACCCCGGCUGUUUUAGAAGGCCGGCGGUUUGUUGUUUUGAAAGUUGUUUCUGGGUUUUUUUGGUGAUUAGUUUAAAUUGAAACUUUUGGUAUUUUGUUACAUUUUCACUGACUUUAAGAUAACUUGAGGAAGUCCCCAGUUUAUAGUCUGUGUGUUUGCUUUAAGUCGAGCAUGGCCUCUCCGACACGCGUCGCUUGUACCUGCUCAUUUUUGUUGUUCAGUCUUCUGCGUUACCGCCACCUGCUGGACUGGAGUGUUACCAUAAUCUUUAGAGCGCGUGUAAACAGACCAUCAGCGAUGUGAAGGAACAGUUUCGCUCCUUAAAUUAUAAACUGGGAAUAAAAUUUCACAGCUGUUCUUAAUAUGAACUUUUCCUAAAUUUAAGUUUAAAAAGUAUAUAAUAAGGGAGCCACAACAGUGUGUAGUUUCGGAGCACGUCUGCAAAGGUGGAUGCAGAUUUAAUGCCAGAGAGAACAGUGAGAUGAUGCGCUUGAGUCUGAACAUGACAUCAUGAGUGAAACUGGCAUGGGAGCAGUCCGAGUUAGUUUUACUGGCCACGUCCAAACGCCCGUCCUCAAAAAUGAAAUCGAGGGAAAGAAGUCAUCCAGCACAUAAAACAUUUUUAAUUGGUGGGCUUUACCGCUGCUGUCAGGUGAUCCAGGCUCCAGUUCUCUGCAUGUCCAGUUUUUAUGCAAAGCUAAGCUUUAUUUUUACUGUCGUAUUCCACAGGAUGGACUCUUCUGUUAAAGGUUCGUUACUGGGUGGCCUCAAAUUCUUUAUUUCACAGCCAAAAACUGUCAGCGAAGGAUCAGGAAGAGUCUGAGAGUUCAGCAGAAAUGGCUGCGAGUUUCCUCCCUCAGAGGGUAAACUUUAAAAUUCAAUAGAAACGACAGGCUGGUGAAUAUAUUUAACUUAUUGAAGUGUGUGAAAUAUCCUCACGUUUAGCUCAUUAACUGGUCUGUUUUAACUUUAAACCCGGAGACUGUGAGACUUUAGAAAAUAUCAUAAUAAAAUUACAAUUUUAAACCUGUUUUCCUAAGUAAGUGAAAGUGUGUUUGAUGGAUUUGGAGGCAAAUGUACUUCAUAGAAAGCUCAGCUGACAUAAUUAUCAAACAGCAGGGUCCAUUUAGUGGCUGUUCUGAGGAUUAUCUGAGGAAUACGUUGCAAAUAAAAGGUCAGAUUCUUGUUAGAUUUGUCAUCCUGAAGCUGAAUUGCACUCCGACCUGCACAGAGUUGAAGAGUUUGCAGAGUUUGCUGUUGCAGCGUCACAAACAGCACAAAGGUGGUCUGUUUAAAAACUUGACAGUUGUAUAGUUUUAUUUAAAUUCAAGGUGAACGUGGGCUCAUCAGGUCAAAACACAUGGCACGGACUGGAAGGCAUGGUCACACGGACUCGGGCCCUCGUGGAGGCGUGGUCUUCAAACCGAUUAAUGCUCAGUUUGGAAAAUUUUAAUCACACAUGUUAAAAAAAAAAGUUGGAUUAAAACCUAAAAUCACUUACGUGGUACAAACAUGUGUGUGUGUGUGUGUGUGUGUGUGUGUGUGUGUGUGUGUGUGUGUGUGUGUGUGUGUGUGUGUGUGUGUGUGUGUGAUUACAGGACUAACAGUGUGCGUCGGUCUUGGUGUUUUUGGCACUCUGAGGUGUUUUUAUGGUUUCUUUCUGCGGCUCACUUCAGGUCAGUUUGUGUGAAAAGCUUCUUCACAUAUUUUUUUUUUUUUCAUUCACAAACAGAUGACGACUUUGUUUUAACUUAAAGAGCAAGACGAACAUUUUAUAAAAAUAUUAAAUGGAUGGUUGAAUGUGUCGCUUGUAUAAUUAAUAAAGAUUUUUAAGAAGAGA